UUAACAGAUUCAAAAAAGAAACGGCAACUUUCGAUUCAAUCUCUGGAAAAAAUCUCAAACAGGAACACACAACAAGCUCUCUUCGAUUUUAGAAACGAGAACAAGGGGGUUUAGGGUUUUUAUUCAAUUCAAUGGCCUUGUUUCGCAAACUGUUCUACCGCAAACCUCCAGAUGGUUUGCUCGAGAUUUGCGACAGAGUUUUCGUGUUUGACUGUUGCUUCUCCUCUGAUUCAUGGGAAGAAGAGAAUUACAAAGUCUACAUGGCGGGAGUAGUCAACCAGCUACAGGAACACUUCCCUGACGCAUCCUCUCUUGUCUUCAAUUUCCGUGAAGUGGGGACUCAAAGCGUGAUGGCUGAUGUCUUAUCAGAACACGGAUUAACCAUUAUGGAUUACCCUCGCCACUACGAAGGAUGUUCAUUGCUUCCUGUGGAAGUCAUGCAUCAUUUUCUUAGGUCAAGUGAGAGCUGGCUCUCGCUUGGUCCAAGUAACUUGUUACUUAUGCAUUGCGAGCGAGGGGCUUGGCCUGUUUUGGCUUUUAUGUUAGCUGCGCUGCUUAUAUACAGGAAGCAGUAUAGUGGUGAGUUCAAGACUUUGGAUAUGAUCUACAAGCAGGCUCCUCGUGAGCAUUUGCAGUUGUUCUCGCCGUUGAAUCCGAUUCCUUCUCAGCUUCGGUAUCUACAGUAUGUGUCGAGAAGGAAUUUGGUGUCGGAGUGGCCUCCUCUGGAUAGGGCUCUUACUAUGGAUUGUGUUAUUUUGAGAUUUGUUCCUGACGUAAGUGGACAAGGUGGAUGUAGACCAAUUUUCCGGGUGUAUGGUCAGGAUCCGCUUUUUGUUGAUGAUAAGAAGCCUAAGCUUUUGUACUCCACUCCCAAGAAAGGGAAACACCUUAGGGUCUAUAAGCAGGCAGAAUGUGAACUAGUCAAGAUUGACAUCAAUUGUCAUGUUCAAGGUGAUAUAGUGAUUGAGUGCCUCAGUUUGAACGAUGACCUGGUAAAAGAGGUCAUGAUGUUUCGACUGGUUUUCAAUACAGCUUUUAUUAGAUCAAACAUCUUGAUGCUUAACCGUGAGGAAGUUGACACAUUAUGGCAUAUUAAAGAACAAUUCCCAAAGGGGUUCAGAGUUGAGCUUCUCUUCUCAGAUAUGGAUUCUGCCUCGUCUGUUGACUUGAUGGAUUUUUCGUGCUUAGAAGAGAAGGAUGGUCUUCCAAUAGAAGUUUUUUCCAAAGUUCAAGAGCUCUUCAAUCAAGUUGACUGGGCUGAUCAGACAGAUGCCACUCGCAACAUGCUUCAGCAUUUAGCUAUUGCAAAUGCUGCCCAUGAAAGACCAGAGGGGAUUUUAAGCCCUAGACCUCAAGGGUUGAGCCCCAAAAGUAUCCGUGAUAUGGUGAAACAGGCAGCAAUGGAAAAUAAUGCAAAGUUAAAAUUGUCUUCAGUGUCCGAGGUUGAAACGGUGGACUCACCGGAAAAACAACCUACUGGUUCAGCCAAGAAGUUCAUAGCAGAAGAUACGCAUUCUGUUCUUCAGAUAAAUAGCCAGGAUGCAACAAAGUUGUCAGGUCAAGAGUCCCCUUCUCUAAAGCUUGUGCAUCAUUCUGCAACAGUUAAACCUUUUACGGACGGUUCUGACUUCUCUGAAAAGGCCGAGGAGAAUAUUCUGACGAGUCCCCCUCGAGAAAACAAUGGGAAAGUGGUAUCACUUUCUUCUUCGACACCGUCACCAUCUCAUCCUACAAAGACAUCGUUGGCUCCAAUAGCAGCACCUCCCCCUCCUCCUUCACCCCCUCCAAUUCCAACUGUUACUUCUGAACCGUCAGAAAAGUUGCAGCAUUCUGUUGUCCAACCGGCUGAAACACUUUCACAGGGAAAUUCCUGGGUGUCAUUAGCUGGCUCUACAUUUCACCAAACAACUCCAGACGAGAAACGUCCCAUGACACUGCCUCCAACAUCUCUUCCCGUUCCUCCUGCAGCCGAUGUUGCUCCUCCGGAGUCCUCUAAAAUAACAAAUUCAUCGUCGGUUCUGCCAUCUUCUACAUUGUCAGCUAGUCCUGCCAAACCUUCCCAAGCUGAGACAUUAGAUUCUUUUUGUACUGCUUCACCUCUUGGACAACCGGCGGUGUCACCUCCUCCAGUGUCUAACUUAGACAAAACACAAGGGUUACCUGCACCGCCACCUCCCCCUCCUCCUCCAAUGCAGCAUUCAGACCAGAACACACUCGCUGGAGUUCCCCCUCCUAUACCACCCCUAGCACCAGCUAUCGCUGCCUCUCCAGGGUCUGACUCAGACAAAACACAUGGGUUAUCUCGACCACCACCUCCUCCUCCCCCUCCUCCAAUGCAGCUUUCAGACCAGAAUACAGUCACCAGAGUUUCCCCUCCUAUGCCACCACUAGCACCAGCUAUCGCCGCCUCUCCUCCACCUCCCCCUCCUCCAGCUCCCCCAAUACCACAAUCUCAUGGGAACUCUGCUUCACCUCCACGGCCUCCUGCCCCUCCUCUCCCUCCAAACGCACCACCACCUCCACCAGGUCAGAUGAAGGCACCGUCAGCACCACCUCCACCUCCUUUAGGUCAGAUGAGGUCACCAUCAGCACCACCCCCUCCUCCAAAAUUAGGAACCAAGUCAUCCCCAUCUUCUGGUCCUAGUGUGCCUCCGACACCUGCUUUACCAGGUGGGUCUCUUUCAUCAGGAAAAGGGAGAAUGUUACGUGCAAAGAAUAAUACAGCCAAAAAGUUGAAGCCAUACCACUGGUUGAAACUGACAAGAGCUGUUAAUGGGAGCUUAUGGGCGGAAACACAAAUGUCUAGCGAAGCUUCUAAGGCUCCUGAGAUUGACAUGACAGAGCUUGAAAGUCUUUUCUCAUCUGCUCCAGACGAGGCAGGAAAGUCGAGACUAAAUAGCUCUCGUGGACCCAAACCCGAGAAAGUCCAACUGAUUGAACACAGGCGAGCAUACAAUUGUGAAAUUAUGCUUUCAAAAGUGAAAGUACCUCUGCAGGAUUUGAUGUACUCAGUGCUUAACCUGGAGGAUUCGGCUCUUGAUGCUGAUCAGGUUGAGAAUCUAAUUAAGUUUUGUCCAACAAGAGAAGAAAUGGAACAACUUAAGGGUUACACUGGUGACACGGAAAAGCUUGGAAAAUGCGAGCUGUUCUUCUUAGAGAUGAUGAAAGUCCCAAGAGUGGAAACAAAGCUCAGGGUGUUCUCAUUCAAAAUGCAGUUCCGUACUCAGAUCUCAGAACUCAAGAAUAGUCUAAGUGUUGUGAACUCCGCAGCAGAACAGAUAAAGAAUUCUGAAAAAUUCAAAAGAAUAAUGCAGACAGUUUUGUCCCUUGGAAACGCCCUUAACCAGGGGACUGCUAGGGGUGCCGCGGUGGGGUUUAAGCUGGACAGUCUGCCAAAACUCAGUGAAACACGGGCGCGUAAUAACCGUAUGACUCUGAUGCAUUAUCUGUGCAAGAUUCUUGCUGAGAAAAUGCCAGAAGUUUUAGAUUUUACGAAAGAUUUAUCCUCACUGGAGCCUUCAACAAAGAUUCAACUGAAGUUUUUGGCUGAGGAGAUGCAAGCUAUAAACAAGGGACUGGAGAAAGUCGUACAAGAACUCUCCUUGUCCGAAAAUGAUGGCCCAAUCUCAUACAACUUUAACAAGAUACUGAAAGAGUUCCUUCUUUAUGCGGAAGCAGAAGUCAGGUCCUUGGCUUCACUCUAUUCCGGAGUGGGACGAAACGUGGAUGGCUUGAUUCUCUACUUCGGUGAAGACCCAGCUAAGUGCCCAUUUGAACAAGUGGUGUCUACCCUUCUAAACUUUGUAAGACUGUUCAAUCGUGCGCAUGAAGAAAACGGAAAACAACUCGAGGCAGAAGCUAAGAAGAAAGCUGAAGAGGAUAAAUCAAAAACAAGUGAACUACAUAAAGAAAGCAGGAAGCCCUUGUCCUUGGAGGAACAAGUUAAGAAAGAGAAAACAAAAAUAAGUGGAUUAGAUAAAGAAAUGAAGGAGGAAGGAACCCCUGCUUGAAAAACUGCUUCUUCUUAUUAUUUUAGAUGGCAAAGGGAAGUAAAACAGUCUAGGACUGGAACAGCGAAGGUGAGGAGGCUGUGCGGCUUAAGCGCAUGGUGUUUCCAGACAACAUGAAAAGUGGGAUGUUAAUGGCAGCAUUGUCACCUAACGACAAAGCUAACUUGUAAAAUAGGGAGGGGUAUAAAAUAAUGUAAUUAGUAAGCAAUAAUUACAGAUGCAUCAUACAUGUAUGUAUGGUCAAAACGUUUCUUGGGGGGUUUAGCUGGCUGCAAUAGACACUUAGACAGUGACAUUUGACUAACCUCACAUGUGUUCUUAUUCCCUUCUUUAAAAUUGUACAAGAGGCAAAGUGGCUACUUUUGCAUAUAAUAAAAAAAUCCUUCCCUCGUUUUGCAGUAGCAA